UAAUUACAGCAUCCCCUACAGUUUUCCUGAUUAUGGAGUAGCUGGGUACUAUAAGUCACCUAUGACCCGCCAAGUCCAUAUGCUUUUGUCCUUUGGCAUUUCGAUCAGCCACUCUAUAUAACCACUAUAUUUCUCAUCAUUCCUUGAAUCUCAUAACAUACUGCACUGAAUCUUCUUGUUCAUUAGAGUAGGGCAAUCACCAUGUGGACGGAGGUGGGAUUGUGUUUAGUAGCAUUUCUGGUGAUAUACAUCACCCACUGGAUUAUCAAAUGGAGGAACCCAAAGUGCAAUGGGGUUCUUCCUCCAGGUUCAAUGGGUUUGCCUCUCAUUGGUGAGACCCUCAGUUUGAUCAUUCCAAGCUACUCCCUAGAUCUUCACCCUUUCAUUAAGAAAAGACUUGAAAGAUAUGGACCUAUAUUUCGGACUAGUUUGGCGGGUAGGCCAGUUGUGAUAUCAGCUGAUCCUGAAUUCAAUAACUUCCUUUUUCAGCAAGAAGGGAGGUCUGUUGAGUUGUGGUACUUGGAUACAUUUUCAAAGAUCUUCGUGCAUGAAGGUGAAUCAAAAACAAAUGCAGUUGGCAUCGUUCACAAGUACGUAAGGAGCAUUUUCUUGAAUCACUUUGGUGCUGAGAGGCUUAAGGAAAAGUUGCUCCCUGAAAUACAAGAAUUCGUCAACAAAAGUCUAUGUUCUUGGUCAAGUCAGGAAUCUGUUGAAGUGAAACAUGCUGGCUCAGUUAUGGUUCUUAAUUUUAGCGCAAAGCAGAUGAUUAGUUAUGAUGCUGAAAAAUCUGCUGAUGACCUGAGUGAGAAAUAUACUAAAAUCAUAGAUGGUCUUAUGUCGUUUCCCUUGAAUAUCCCUGGGACUGCAUACUAUAAUUGUACCAAGCACCAAAAGAAGGUAACGACCAUGUUGAGAGAUAUGCUCAAGGAGAGACACGAUUCACCUGAGACCCAACAUGGAGAUUUCCUUGAUCAAAUUGCAAAUGACAUGGAUAAGGAGAAGUUUUUAUCACAGGAUUUUAGUGUUCAGUUGGUGUUCGGGGGCUUAUUCGCUACCUUUGAAUCUAUUUCAGCAGUGUUGGCAUUAGCCUUCAGUUUACUUGCAGAGCAUCCUUCAGUCUUUCAAGAGUUGACUGCUGAGCAUGAAGCUAUUCUCAAAAACAGAGAAGAUCCAAAUACUUCACUCACAUGGGAUGAAUAUAAAUCGAUGACUUUUACUCUUCAGGUUAUCAACGAAACCCUUCGGUUGGGUAAUGUUGCACCAGGCUUGUUGCGUAGAGCUUUGAGAGACAUCCCAGUAAAGGGAUUUACAAUCCCAAAAGGUUGGACGAUUAUGGUUGUCACGUCUGCGCUUCAGUUAAAUCCCAGCACAUUCGAGGAUCCCAUUAAGUUCAAUCCAUGGCGUUGGAAGGACAUUGACUCGCACUCUAUAUCCAAGAAUUUCAUGCCUUUUGGUGGAGGAAUGAGACAAUGUGCCGGGGCAGAGUAUAGUAGAGUUUUCUUGUCUACAUUUUUCCAUGUCUUGGUCACCAAAUAUAGGUGGACAACAAUCAAAGGAGCACGGAUUGCUCGAAAUCCCAUUUUAGGGUUUGGUGAUGGCAUUCACAUUAAGUUCUCAGAGAAGAAAAAGUGAUCUCCUGUUUGUGUAAGGUUAUCCAACAGUUGUCCAGCCUCUUAAAAUCCCAGCUAGUAUUAAGAACUGGGCUUAUGUAUGAACUUUAUUAGAAAAGUCUGCCGCAGCGAGAUAUGUUAAAUUUAGUAUAAAUAACAGAGAGUUUCCCUUUUUUUAAAAGUCUGAUAUAUGAACUCUUUUGUUAACCAGAGCUACCUACGUAUUUGUCAAAAAAAAAAAAAA